GGCUAGCUACUUCGUAUGCAAGCGCGAAAAGCGUAGCAGGUGGCUAAACGUGAGCAUAAACUGCUCUUUCAUCCUUUGGACUUUGUAACUUUGACACCGGCUUGUAUCGCUAGUUUUUCAGUAUGUCCUUCAUAUCUAAAUUAUUCUUACCGGUGUAUAUUUGACUGGUUAGUGCUUGUUUUAGUGCUACGCAACCACGCGUUUCCUUAGCGUUUGCCUUUUGUAUACAUCUGUGACAGUAAAAUUAUAAGGAUGCCACUUUUAACCUGAUCACUGGUUCUGACUUGACUGGAUGCAUCAAAAAAUAUUUUUUUUAACAUUUAUUUUUUCCUCCGCGGGGCAGCACUUGUAAUCUGCUACGACAUGUCUAAACAAAAAGGAGAAACGCAAUCGCUACGUUUCGGCCAGGUGGUGAUCGGACCGCCUGGUUCGGGUAAAACCACUUACUGCCAGGCCAUGCAAGAGUUCCUCACCCUUCUCGGACGCAAGGUAGUUGUGGUAAACAUGGACCCGGCCAAUGAUGCUCUACCGUACUCUUGUUCCGUGGAUAUCGCCGAGCUGGUCACUUUGGAUGAUGUCAUGGGUGGCCUGAAGCUGGGGCCCAAUGGCGGCCUCCUCUACUGCAUGGAGUAUGUGGAGGCCAACUUGGACUGGUUGGAAAACAAGCUGAAGGAGCACCCGGACUCUUACUUCUUGUUUGACUGCCCCGGGCAAGUGGAGCUCUACACACACCAGACUUCAGUGAAAAACAUAUUUACGCAAUUGGGAAAGUGGAAUUUCAGGCUAACAUGUGUGCACCUUGUGGACUCUCACUACUGUGCGGACCCGGCCAAGUUCAUCUCUGUGUUGUGCACCUCGCUGUCCACCAUGCUACAUGUGGAGCUCCCUCAUGUCAACAUCCUCUCCAAGAUGGACUUGAUUGAGCAGUAUGGCAGACUAGCAUUCAACCUAGACUUCUACACUGAAGUUAUGGAUCUGACGUAUCUACUCGAUCACCUGGCUGCAGAUCCCUUCUUCAAAAAAUUUCGCCAUCUAAACGAAAAGCUGGCGGAGGUCAUUCAAGAUUACAGCCUCGUCUCGUUCGUCUCUCUCAAUGUUCAGGACAAAGAGAGCAUGACGCAGGUGUUGCGGGCCGUGGACAAGGCCAACGGCUGCUGCUUCGGAGACCUGGAGGAGAGGAAUCUUCAGGCCAUGAUGUCAGCUGCCGUGGGGGCAGACUUUCAAUUCGGCUCCACUCUUGGAGUUCAAGAGCGCUAUGUUGAAAGCGAUGGAAAGACAGUCGAGGCGGAAUUGAUGGACCUUUGAGACAGACAACAGAAUGAUGGCUCGCAUACCUCUCCGGCUUACCUCGCCUCAGUUCUGAAACCCCUUCAUGGAAGCAAUAGACACAAACACAAGAAUGUCGUUUGCAGGACCUGCUUUGCCACACACUGAAUACGCAUUUUAGUAAAAUAAUAUGUUGAAUGAAAUGUUAAUGCAAUGCAAUGCACUGGGAUGGUUCCUGAGAAAGUCAGUGUCCUUUGGGAUUGCACGUGGGCUUUCCACCAGCGGGUGGCAGCCGACAGGCUCCCAAACUGGCGGAGUCUGCUCUCCGGAGGACUGCUCCAGCUUUUCCCUGCAGCCACAGCAGAAAAAUUAAGUCAGGCGGGGAGAGGAAGCCACAUUAAAUCUGUGUUUCUGCACAA